AUGGCGGGCAACGCUGGUUACGACCGACACAUUACCAUUUUCUCCGACCAAGGAAGACUGUACCAAGUUGAAUAUGCCUUCAAGGCCAUCACAGCCGCCAACAUCAUGUCCAUUGGCGUCAGGGGCAAGGACUGCGCUGUUGUCCUGUCCCAGAAGAAGGUUCCAGACAAGCUCAUCGACCCUUCUUCCGUCACACACAUCUUCCAGAUCUCGCCCUCGGUUGGUUGCGUCAUGACAGGCUCCAUCGCAGAUGCGCGAGCGUUCUCCCAGCGUGCCCAGUCAGAAGCGGCCGAGUUCAGAUACAAGUUUGGCUAUGAGAUGCCAUGCGAUGCUCUGGCCAAGAGACUUGCCAAUAUCAGUCAAGUGUACACUCAACGGGCAUACAUGCGCCCAUAUGGUCUCGCUGUGACGCUGAUCUCCCUCGAUUCCGAGUUGGGGCCGCAGUUAUUCAAGUGCGACCCCGCCGGUUACUAUAUCGGUUACAAGGGCACAGCUGCGGGUCCCAAGCAGCAGGAGGCGCUCAAUCAUCUCGAGAAGAAGCUCAAGAACCGGGAUUAUGCGGACGGUGAUUGGAAGGAGGUUGUUGAGCUUGCAAUCACAACACUGAGCACGGUCCUCAGCAUGGACUUCAAGAAGACCGAGAUUGAGAUUGGUAUUGUGGGAGGGCCACGCCCAGACGGCAAGGAAGGCACAUACCCUGGGUUCAGGACACUUACAGAGGACGAGAUCGACGACAGAUUACAGGCUAUCGCCGAGAAGGACUGA